AAAAAAAAUAGGAUGAUUAAAAUUUCCGUUUGAAAUGUAAAUACGGAGUACAUGAAAUUGAAAAUAAUGACAAAAUGUGGGAAGGGAAAAAGUAGAUAAAUGGAAAAAAUUAACCCAUCCACCAGUUUCGCCUUCAUUUCAGACCUUUUCUCCAAACUCCCUUUACCUUCCCCAUCUCCUCCUCCUUCUGUAGUCUUCUUGGAAAAAUUUCUCCCCGUAUAUAAAACUCAUUUAUUCUUUCAUUUUAUCUACUAAGUAAAUUAAAUAAAUUCGCCCCCGAACUGUCUCCGGCGAAGCCCGCGGUCGGUUCUGAGUUUUUUUUUGUAGAGAAAAAUGGAGUGUAUUGAAGCCAGAGCGUUCAAGUCGAGCGUCCUCAGCAAAAUAUCGAUGAAAUCCAACACCCAAGCGUUCCUCGACGACGUAUGGUGUUUCGCCGGCCUGAACAACGUCGGCAGCGGCGACGAUUUCUCCAUCGACGACCUGUUGGACUUUUCCGGUAAGAGUCCCGGGGACGGGGAGUCGUCUUUGGGCUCCGAGGAAGAUGAUGGCCUGAAGAGGAAUUCCUGCUUGGCGUCUCCCCGACACCCGAAUUCCGACUCCCGGACUGUUUCCGGCACCGACGAUUUCGGUUCUCUCUCCUCCGGCCAGCUUCCGCUUCCGGAUUACGAUAUGGAGAAUCUCGAGUGGUUAUCCCAAUUCGUCGACGAAUCUUCGCCGGAAUUGUCAUCGUUUUGCCCCAACCCCUGUUUUCAGCCGUUGACCGGGAAAAACCGGCUUGAACCGGUGAUAAGUCAGGUGGUACAGAGAAAACCGAGGAGCAAACGGCCCAGGCUAAGCGGAAAGGUCUGGUCAUACUUGUCGGCUCGACCGGUUCAUACAGAGUCAUCGUCCUCGUUUUCCAGAAAAAGUCCGGGAAAGCUCGUCGAAGGCGGCGUUGACUUUUCAGCCGCCGCAGAAAAGUCACCGCCGGCUAAAAAGCGCAGGAGAGAGUCGCUGGCGGAUUCCGGCGUGUCGCUUCGCCGUUGCAGUCAUUGUCAGGUCCAGAAGACUCCACAAUGGCGAACCGGCCCGAUGGGACCUAAAACUCUGUGUAACGCUUGCGGUGUUCGGUACAAGUCCGGGCGGCUCUUCCCGGAGUAUAGGCCGGCGUGCAGCCCGACCUUCUCGGGAGUGAUGCACUCGAACAGUCACCGGAAAGUUCUGGAGAUGCGGCGAAAGAAGGAAGUCGCCGGAGCGGCAAGCCUUGGCGGCGAGAGUUCUCGUUAGCGGCCAAAAUGGACCGGAAACGGCGUGAAUGACGUGACGUGCGCGCAAUAGAAACGGUAACGUUCAUAGACGUUUUGAGGGAGUUUUAGAAAGGUUGUGGU